AAACUUUCCUCAGUGGAGCAGCUCUGGAUAUCCUCCUCACGAGAACAAAGGCGGGCAUUGCCGGCUUUUGUUGCGAGUUAGAGAGCAACAUUCCUGGUCAGAAGAUCUGCCCUGCAGGCACAAAAACAGUCUGAUGUAUGCCGUCACACACUCAUGAGCAGAAACGCAUGUCAUGUUUUCUGAAAGUGUGUGUUUGAGUGCUCUGCCCCCACUGGGCGGGGCAGUCCUACUGUUCCUUAUUUGGAUAUGGGGGUUGGGGUCACAUGGGUGUACAGCUGAAUCUUAACGAUAGGAACAAAAAAAUGUGAAGUCAGACUCAACUUCUGCCCUGGAGAGUAAACUGCACGAGGGCAGAAAGUCUGGAGAGAGAAAAAAACAACAACGGACGGAGCAGGAGAGCAAGAAAGAAGAGAGUAGUGACAGCUGUUGGACGGAGACAGAAAGAGAGAGAGAAGCAGCAGACCAGAGAGGGAGGAGAAGGGAGGAAGAGAUAAGAGUGGGACAAACAGAGAGACACUGAGGGGAAGCACAUGGUGUAAAUAUGCCCACCAACUUUACCGUGGUCCCAGUAAAGGACAACGGAAAAAAGGCAAAACAGACGGAUGAGGAAGAUGAUGUGGAUGACAAUAAUGUUCUGAAAGAGGAAGAGGAGGAUGCCACAGGUGAUGGCGUCCCAAAGGAGAACAGUCCCUUUAUCAACAACACAGACAAUGACAAAGGCAACAGCUACGAUGGCACCAACAUGGCCCUUUUUGAGGAGGAGAUGGACAGCAACCCAAUGGUGUCAUCUCUCCUCAACAAACUGGCCAACUACACCAACCUCACCCAGGGGGCCCAGGAGCACGAAGAGGCUGAUGAUGAUGAAGGGCCCAAGAAGAAAGCUGUUAAGAGCCCUCAGAUGGGAACCUUCAUGGGUGUUUACCUCCCCUGCCUCCAGAAUAUUUUGGGGGUCAUCCUGUUCCUGCGUCUUACCUGGAUAGUUGGCACUGCCGGCAUCCUGGAGUCUCUGGCUAUUGUCUGCCUGUGCUGCUCUUGUACCAUGCUGACAGCUAUAUCCAUGAGUGCGAUUGCUACUAAUGGUGUCGUGCCAGCUGGAGGCUCCUAUUAUAUGAUUUCAAGAUCUCUGGGCCCUGAGUUUGGUGGAGCUGUAGGCCUUUGCUUUUACCUUGGAACAACCUUUGCUGGCUCCAUGUACAUCCUGGGUACGAUAGAGAUUCUGCUGACAUACAUUGUGCCUAAAGCAGCCAUCUUUGUGGCUGAGAAAAAGGAGGAUGAGGUGGAGGCCCUGCUUAAUAACAUGCGUGUUUAUGGCACAUGUUGCCUAGCACUGAUGUCCAUAGUCGUCUUUGUAGGAGUGAAAUAUGUCAACAAGCUGGCUCUAGUCUUCCUGGCCUGUGUCAUUCUCUCCAUCCUCUCCAUCUACGCUGGUGUCAUCAAAACCAUCUUUGAGCCGCCAGACUUUCCUGUUUGCAUGUUGGGGAAUCGCACUCUGCAGAAUCACAACUUUGACAGUUGUCUGAAGACAGAAGUCAUAGACAAUUUGACUGUCUCCACCAAGCUGUGGCAGCUGUUCUGUAAAGGACCUGAGCUCAACGCCACCUGCAACGACUACUUUGACAACAACAACUUGACCUUGAUGCAGGGCAUCCCUGGACUGAAGAGCGGAGUCAUCUCAGAAAAUAUGUGGUCAGAGUAUGGCCCAAUAGGUAUGAAGGUGGAAUCUAAGAAGUUGGACUCUGAUCCAGUAGGUGACACUUCCCAGGACAUCUACAUGCCCUAUGUAGUCAAUGACAUCGCCACCUUCUUCACACUGCUGGUCGGCAUCUACUUCCCAUCAGUCACUGGUAUUAUGGCUGGUUCAAACCGCUCAGGGGACUUGCGGGAUGCCCAGAAGUCCAUCCCCAUCGGAACCAUUAUGGCUAUUGCUACGACAUCCUUCAUCUACGUCACCUGUGUGGUGCUUUUUGGUGCUUGCAUUGAUGGAGUUCUUCUUCGAGACAAAUUUGGUGACUCUGUGAAAGGGAACCUUGUUAUAGGCACUCUGUCAUGGCCCUCACCAUGGGUUAUUGUAAUUGGCUCGUUCUUCUCCUGCUGCGGGGCCGGGCUGCAGAGUUUGACUGGCGCCCCUCGACUGCUGCAGGCCAUUGCACGAGAUGGCAUUGUCCCUUUCUUACAGGUGUUUGGUCAUGGGAAAGCUAACGGAGAACCCACCUGGGCUCUGCUGCUCACUGCUGGGAUCUGCGAGAUCGGCAUCCUCAUCGCCUCCCUGGACGCUGUGGCACCUAUUCUCUCCAUGUUUUUCCUCAUGUGCUACUUGUUUGUCAACCUGGCCUGUGCUCUUCAGACCCUGCUGCGGACGCCUAACUGGAGACCACGCUUUAAAUACUAUCACUGGGCUCUCUCCUUUCUGGGAAUGAGCUUAUGUCUUUCUCUCAUGUUCAUUUGCUCCUGGUAUUAUGCGAUUGUGGCCAUGGUCAUUGCAAGCUGCAUCUACAAGUACAUUGAAUACAGAGGGGCAGAGAAGGAGUGGGGAGAUGGCAUCCGUGGCCUGUCCCUCAAUGCAGCACGCUUUGCCCUUAUACGUCUCGAGGAGGCGCCACCGCACACAAAGAACUGGAGGCCUCAGGUGUUGGUGCUCCUGAACGUGGACUCGGAUCAGGGAGUCAAACACCCUCGUCUGCUGUCGUUGACCACUCAGCUGAAGGCAGGGAAAGGCCUGACAAUAGUGGGAAAUGUUUUAGAGGGAACUUAUCUCACCAAAGAUGCCGAGGCCAAGAAGGCUGAGCAGAACAUCAAGUCUGCUAUGUCAGCAGAGAGAACAAAAGGUUUCUGCCAUGUUGUGGUAUCUUCAAACCUCCGAGAUGGCUUCUCGCACCUCAUCCAGUCUGCAGGGCUGGGAGGCAUGAAGCACAACACAGUCCUCAUGGCCUGGCCCGGGACCUGGAGGCAGUCCAAUGACCCGCAGUCAUGGAAGAACUUCAUAGAGACGGUGCGGGAGACCACAGCUGCCCAUCAUGCCUUGCUCGUGGCGAAGAAUGUGGACAGUUUCCCCACCAACCAGGAACGUUUGGGUGAGGGCACCAUCGACGUGUGGUGGGUGGUUCACGAUGGAGGCAUGUUGAUGCUGCUGCCCUUCUUGCUGCGACAGCACAAGGUGUGGAGGAAGUGUAAGAUGCGUAUCUUCACUGUGGCUCAGAUGGAUGACAACAGCAUCCAGAUGAAGAAAGAUCUCCAGAUGUUCCUUUACCACCUGCGACUGGAUGCAGAAGUGGAAGUAGUGGAGAUGCAUGAUAAUGACAUCUCAGCCUUCACCUAUGAGAAGACGCUGGUAAUGGAGCAGAGGUCUCAGAUGCUAAAACAGAUGCAACUUUCCAGAACUGAAAGAGAGAGAGAGAUUCAGAGUAUCACUGACGAAUCACGUAGCUCGAUCCGGAGGAAGAACCAGGACGCUACCGAGAGUACCGACCUCAGCCGGCAGUCCUCACAGAUGGAGGACACUCAGGAGGACGAGGCUCAGCUCAUCCAUGACAGAAACACUGCAUCUCACGCUGCCAUAAACGACAAGGCCGACACUGGGCCUGAGCGGGUUCACAUGACCUGGACCAAGGACAAGCUCUUCACAGAGCGUAACCGUAACCGUGAAAUGAACGCCAAUGUGGCUGUGCGCGACCUGUUUAACAUGAAGCCAGAGUGGGAGAGUCUGAACCAGUCAAAUGUCCGUCGGAUGCACACAGCCGUCAAGAUGAACGAGAUGGUGGUGAACAAGUCGCAGGGCGCUCACCUGGUUCUGCUCAACAUGCCGGGACCGCCCAAGAACAGAGGAGGAGACGAGAACUACAUGGAGUUCCUGGAGGUUCUCCUCGAGGGUCUGAACCGGGUCCUUCUGGUGCGAGGCGGCGGACGGGAAGUCAUCACCAUCUACUCUUAAACAUAAUAUACUCUCGUGCCCAACCCUGCACUCAUUGGCUGUUGCCAUGGAUACUGGUCACUGGGCAUUUUUUUUCUGGAAAGAAGCCUGAUUUUAGGUUUUUUUUUUAAUGAAGAGCAGAGAUUGUUGGAAGGCGGGACCACUUGUGACUGACAGAUGGUUUGAAGGACCUCAGGAUGAAGGAAACAGUUAGCUUUAAAUGAGUUGACUGGCUGAGAGUACGAGUGCAGUGUGUGUGUCCACGAUGGGCCACCCUUACCCUGCACAUGGAAGAUAGAGCAUAGAGACACUUUAUAUUGUUCAUUUGAAAAGGUUCCGUUCUGUUACAUUUCAUAUUCUUUCCCUCUUGUGUCGAUGUUGUCAAGUUACUGACGCUCACUGUGUAAUGAUAAGAAAAGCGUGCUGUUGAUUUGAACCUCGUAGUCAUUUCAUGUUAUCUGAUGAUGUACUCGACUCUGGACCUGAAAAGAAAAAAAACAAGCACAGGGAGGACGAGUUACUCUGACAGCACAUGCUGAAGUUUUACAUAUAGUUUGGGGAUCUCUGCGGUCUGGAUCACCAUUUGUACUUAAUGCUUUAAACAUAACUUUUAAGAUACUGGUUUCUGUUUGAACUCCAGGUAAGGUGACCCGUGUGAUCAGGCGCUACUGAAACAUCCUGGUAAGGCUGUAAGGUUAGUGUUAGAUGAAUGGUCCUCACAUAGCAGCAUUUUUGUAGUUUUAACAUUCUGUGGUCGUUCGCCUUGUCAAUCAUUUAGUGAAGGACGAAGGUAAAGAUGCGCCUGUUAUUGGAUAACCUUCCUGUGUGUUGGUGGGAACAUUUCAUUUAUCGGGUACUGAAACUUUUACCGUUGGUCUACAUUUCCCAUGUCAGAGAACUCUCAUGUUUUCAUAGGAAAAAUAGCCAUAGUUAAUAUUCAAGGACUCUUCAUAAGCUUUACGGAAAAACAUAUGAAAUGCACAUGUAUACAUAUUUAAGGCGUGAAAAGUAGUGCUCGGUUGGGAAUAGAUUUUUUAUCCAUGCGCUGUUUGACAGCACGAGGUAGAUUCAUUAAAUAGUACAUUGGAUAAUUAGCACAUUAAAUCUCGGCCUACAGAAUUGUAGGCAUCUAACAAAGAAGACUUUGUAAAGAACAAAUGGACUCAUGUUAGUGUAACUCUUCUCAUAUGGACGUAGCUCCAGCACUGUUGACUUUGCACUACCCAUCUCUCAGCACUUAAUUCAUUGUAUACUGGUUUACAGUGACACUUUGUACUGGUCAAUCCACCACUACAUUCUACUCUGCUAAUGGAGUGACAUUCUGAUAAACCAGCUCGUGAUAAAGGGUGCAGACAGCAAGUACAUUCACACUAUUCAAUACUCAUGUUUCAAUGUUUCUUUUAUAAUGUUUUAGCAGACAGUCUCUUUAGGCUUUGAGUCCCUGAGUCAUCAUAACGAGCGUGUGUAAGAGAAAAAAAAGUGCCAAAAUUUAAAGAAACUGUGGAAGUAUUGUUAAUGCAUCUUAAAGCAGGGUCACGCAGUCGCUUCUGCUUUUUACGAUGGCAAUCUUCAGUCUUUUGAAAUUCUAAAAAAAAUAGAAAAA